AAUCAUAUAUAGUUUCAUCGUUCUCUCUCCCACAAGAAAAAAACUCCAAAACCCUAAACCAAAUCGACGAAGAUGUCGAGAUUUUUCUCUGGUAAAGACGAUUCAGCUGUGGAGGAUCUUCUUUCACAAGCAAAAGAUCACUACGUUCUUGAACAAGUCGCCAAAAUCAACUGCUCUGGCUUCAUCGACGACUCUGCUCUUCCCUCUAAUCUCGAAACCCGUUUCCGUCGUCUCAAAUCUCUUCCGGUUUCUAGAUCCGACUCGGUUUCUUCGUCCUCGAAGAAGAAGCUUCUCACUCAGUCCAAGACCAUGGCAAGUUACCCUGAGAAGAAGAACCAUGGAAACGUUUCCUCUGUUUCUUCUUUUUCGAACCAAGUUGGAAAGUCUUGUCCUUUAGAUUCAUUUGUUGAGGAACAGAUUUUCUCGAGAACCAAAUGUAAUCAGAGUGUGAGUUCACGAGGUGGGCUUGGAGAAUCUUCAGGUUCUCGGAGAAUCGGUUCAAGUUCAUCGAGAUUUUCUUGUGGAAACGUGUCCUCUGUUUCUAAACUUUCCGAUUUCUCGGGAAAGUCUUGUCCUUUGGAUUCAUAUGUCGAGGAGACACAGAUUUUCUCAGGAAUCAAACAUAAUCCACGUGUGAAUUCACGAGGUGGGCUUGGAGAUUUCUCAGAGAGAAUCGGUUCGAGUUCAUCAAGAUUUUCUCGAGAAGGUAAGAUCUCGACUACAACACAAACCCUAAAGCUUCUUCCUAAAGAGAAAUCAAGAAUCAGCUCACCUUCAUCUACUUCCAUUAUGUAACCUUAUUGUAUGAAAUGAUUUUAUCAUGUGAAAAAAUCUUGAACUAUAGA